AUGACUGUCCCAACCUUUAAAAUGGUCUCCCCUAAGGACUUCCAAGCUAAUGAGAAUAUGAAGUUGUCUGGUAGAGUCAUCAACGUUAUGACCAUGUUACCUACCCAAAUUGUUAAAACUACCGGUGACGAUAACCAGGACACCUGGUCUGUGCAACCAGUUACGGGAAACUCGGCGUUGUACUCUUCACAGCAAUUUUUGGAUCAAAACACUGACUGGGAGACCCACUUGGUGGGUUGGACCGGCGAGGUGGUCAACAAGACCAAAUCGUUUGUCUCAUCGUCAUUUGCUACACCAAACGUGAACCCCUCAAGUAUUACGGCGGAAAACAUUCAGGAUGAUCCGUUGUACUUGGACGAUCAAGAUAAGAUUGAAAUCGAAGACAAGAUAAGAGUCGCCAGCGGUUCUGAAUUUGUACACCCGGUAUGGCUCUUGAGAAGGGAUCAAGAAAGAUGGCGUAAAUAUGCUGAGAAUGUCAUAUGGCCAGUUUUCCAUUAUAUCCAGGGCCAGGCCACGGAUGGUAAGGAUGAAUUGAAUUGGUGGUACGAUUACGUCAAGUUCAAUGAGUUGUACUUCCAGAAAAUCCUGUCUAUCUAUAAACCAGGGGAUAUUAUUUGGAUUCACGACUAUUAUUUGCUUUUGUUACCCCAAUUGAUUCGAAUGGCGUUCCCUGACGCCUACAUCGGGUUGUUCGUUCAUGCCCCAUUCCCUUCUUCUGAAUACUUCAGGUGUCUCUCCAAGAGAACUCAGUUGUUGGAUGGAAUGUUGGGCGCUGAUAGAAUAGUAUUUCAAUCAGAAUCCUUCCAGAGACAUUUCAGAUCAUGUUGUGCAAGAUUAUUGGGAUGUGAAGUGAAGGAUAACAAGAUCUUUGCCUACGGUUCGUACAUUUCUUUGGAAACAUUACCCAUAGGAAUCGAUACCGAGAAAAUUGAGCACAGUGCCUUCUCGAAAACAUCGGGGAUUGAUGAUAAGAUCAAGGCGUUAAAACAAAGCUACCAAGAUCAGAAGAUUAUUGUAGGUAGAGAUAGACUAGACACUGUGAGAGGAGUUGUUCAAAAAUUGCAAGCUUUCGAAAUGUUUUUACAAAUGUAUCCUGAGUGGAGAUCUAAGGUGGUAUUGAUUCAGGUUUCCAGUCCGGGAUAUUCCCAUUCUGCUAAAGUCGCUAAAAAGGUCAGCGAGAUGGUAAACCAUAUCAACAGUGAGUACGGUACAUUGAACCAUACACCAGUUUUACAUUACCAAAUGAGAAUUGAAAAGGAGGAAUACUUAGCACUCUUGAGAGUUGCAGAUUUGGCACUUGUCACUUCAGUUAGAGAUGGUAUGAAUACUACUUCUUUGGAGUAUGUGAUUUGUCAAAAGUAUACAAAUGCACCAUUGAUCUUAUCCGAAUUUACUGGAACAGCGCUGGUUUUAAGUGAUGCUAUCCUUGUUAAUCCAUGGGAUUCGGUGGGGAUUGCCAGAACCAUCAAUGAUUGCCUUUUAAUGCCAACUGACGAGAAAAAAUUGUUGGAGGCAAAACUCUAUAAGCAAGUAACCUCCAAUACAAUUCAAAAUUGGACUUCUAACUUCUUGAAGCACUUAUUACAGCAAGUUUCGACCACUCACCAAUCCAACUAUACUCCUGCCCUCAAUAGACCAUUAUUGUUGAAGAACUAUAAGCAGGCUAAGAGAAGAUUAUUUCUCUUCGAUUAUGAUGGUACAUUGCUGCCUAUUGUUAAAGAUCCUGCUGCUGCUAUCCCAUCUUCUAAGUUGAACAAAGUUUUGGAUAAGUUAUGUGAAGAUCCUAAGAAUCAAUUUUGGAUCAUUUCUGGAAGAGAUCAAGUAUUUUUAGAUAAAUGGUUUGGGAAAAAGAACAUGGGAUUGUCUGCUGAGCAUGGUUGCUUCAUGAGAGAUGUUGGCAGUAAGGAAUGGGUUAAUUUGGCUGAAAGUUUCGAUAUGUCAUGGCAAAAAGAGGUUGAAAACGUCUUCGAAUAUUAUACAGAAAGAACGCCAAAUUCUAAUAUUGAAAGAAAGAAGGUAGCCUUAACGUGGCAUUUUAGAAGAGCAGAUCCGGAAUUAGGUGAAUAUCAAGCAGAGAGAUGUUUCAAACAGUUAAUGGACGAAAUUGCUCCAAAGUAUGAUGUUGAAAUCAUGGAGGGUAAGGCAAACAUUGAAGUCAGACCCAAAUUUGUCAAUAAGGGAGAAAUUGCCAAAAGAUUGGCGUUAUCUAGGCACGGUGAUGCACAGGAACCAAAUCCGAUAGUAAUCAAGGAAGAAAUGGGAAUCCCGAACGAAGAAUUACCUGAUUUUAUCUUAUGUCUAGGAGAUGAUAGAACUGAUGAGGAUAUGUUUAGAUCCUUGAAGGAAAUAGAAGUCAAAUGGCAAUUGAAUGGAAAGAGCAAAAAUGAGUUUGGUUCGUUUGGUGUAUAUCCAGUGGCAGUUGGACCAGCCUCCAAAGAAACUAUUGCCACCUCUCAUUUGAAUGAUCCUGCUUCAGUCAUUGAAACUUUGGGAUUGUUAGCUGGUACUGUUUCGUUAUUUGAAAGUGCUGGUUCUGUUGACUUGGACGAUAGAGGGCAUGUCAAGAAUAGUGUUUCAUCUAGAAAGGCUAACGAUGCAAUUAAAGCGGCAACAGCAUUAAAGAAGAUUAGAAGCAGGACCGAAUAA